CACCACCACCACCACCACAACCCGCCAUGCGCACCUCACCUCGUCUAGUCUUACCUCUGCUGCUGCUCGCCGCGCUGGCCAGCACCGUCGCCGCGCGCCAGGCGCCGCUGGCCGGCUCGCGCGUCGCCAUGUCCUCGCUGCGCCGCCUCACCUUCUACGACGGCGCCCUCACCGCGGGCCGCCGCACGCGCCCGCAGGAGCAGCUCAUCUGCCACGGCUCGCCGUGCCGCUAUGCGCGCCCCGACGUCGUCACCUGCAGCGCGCUCGGCGGCGGCGACUGGAAGUGCGACGCAGACCUGCCCUCGAAUGCGCGCAUGGGCCGCGUGGAGGUAUCCUGCGAAGGUUGGAGCGGCCCAGACGACCCCUUCGUGCUCAAGGACUCGUGCUCCCUCACCUACAACCUGCUGCCGGCUUACCCGGGCGGCAGCUCCGGCGGCUCGUCAGACUCCAAUGUCGGCUCAUUCCUCGACGUUGCCUUUCCCAUCGUCUUCUUCGGUGCCGUCGCCUGGAUUAUGUACAACAUGGUGCGCUCCUACUUCCAGUCGCGCGCGGCGGCGGCCGGUGCCACAACAGGUGGCGGCCGCGGCGGGCCCGGCUUCGGUGGUCCCGGCUUCGGCCCUGGCGGCGGAGGCGCCCCGCCGCCGCCCUACUCCAAGGAUGUGCCGGGCGCCACGGCCGGCGCACCGCCGCAGCAGCAGCAGGCGCAGGGGUGGCGGCCGGGCUUCUGGACUGGCCUCGGGCUCGGCGGCGCAGCAUGGGCGCUGAACAGAGGCGGUGGCGGCAACACGCGCGGCUGGGAGCGGCCCGGCUACGACGCGCGCGAGCGCUGGGAGGACGAGCACGGGCGCUUUGGCCGCGCUGCGGGCCCCAGCCGAGGGUAUGGAGGCACCGACGGCGGCUUCGGCGAGACACGACGCAGCACGGGCUUCGGCGGCACUCGCAACCGGUAAGCCACGCCCGGCGCACUGCUCGCGCCGCCAUCCCUGCCUUGCAAAAACUCCAAAUGGCAUAGCAUUAGCAUCGUUACA